AUGCAUCCACAGUUAGAAGCGGAACGGUUUAUAUCGUGCAAGGAGUUUAUUGAUGCACUGGAUAAGUGCCACCACCAGGAGUUCUACAAGAGGAUGUUCGGGGUGUGCAACAACGAGAAGGACGCGCUGAGUAAGUGUCUCAAGGAGGCCAGUUUCCAGACGAAGAAGGCAGCGCUCGCGAAGAGCCGCUCCAAGAGGGACUCCCUCGAGAAGAAGUGGCGCAUACUCGAAGACGAGGAGGCCGGGGAUGACAAAGUCGUCAGGAUCCUCCUCCAGAGAGAGAUCGCCAAGAGGGAGGGCAGCACCAACAGCAAUAACAAACCCUCGGAGAAGUAG